UUUUGAGUUUCACAUGUCGGCUGGAGCCGAGCUGUUUUGCUACAGAGCAUUAUGUCGUUUUGUGUGAAGUGUGCAGUGCCAUAGUCUUUUUACUAAUAAAGUAUGGAGACAAGUAUGCAUUCUUAAUCCAGAACAGUAAAAAGACUGGCUCUACAAGCACACAUGGCAACCAUGAAUCCAACAGAAGAGGACACAAGUGGUCGUCCCAGAAGGAAGAUCGUUUUGACAGAGACAGGAAGAGCUCUCUUCGAACAGUCUGUUUCAAAAUUUUGGACAACACUGAGAACUGUGCGUAGGAAGUUAGAAGCAGAGAUGAAAGAAAUGGCUACAGACUCUAAGGAAUCUUACCAUCUCCAACGAGAUAGACUGAUCAACCUCGCUAAAGAGUACUGCGGAGUUCAGGAAGAAUUGUUGGCCUUUCUGGAACGCUCUAAUACAAAGGAGAGUGAGAGAGAGAAAGCAUCACAGAACGUAGUGACAGACUUACUCAUGGACAAAGUUAGUGAGUUUGUGCGCGGGCUAGACUCAGAAAUGUCGUCCUUUGUGAUGAGUCCCAAGCCUGUGACAAUGAGGAGCCCUAAUCCUGUCCAAGUGAAGACUCCGAAGCCUAUACAGGUAAAGGCGGAGCCUCGGGAUUCCCCAAAGCCUGCGGAACAUGAAGACAGAAAGUCUAUUCGAUCAAGGAGAAGCGCUGGGUCUCAUCGAUCUGCUGCCUCUUCCAUCUCCUUGGCGCAGCAGCGUCUUGAAGCGGAGGAGACCAAGGCUAAACUGCAGUACGCACGGAAGGAAGCCAAACUACGUAAAGAGCAGGCAUCUAUUCAAGUGGACCUGGAAGUCCUUGACGCCGAAAGAGAUGCUGCUGUGGCAGAAGCGAAGCUACGUGCUCUUGAGAGCAUGGAACCGGACUACAUUUCUGUUUCCUCCGAAUCAGUGGCCGAACCUGUCGUAGAAGUCGAGGAUCCGAUUGAACGGGCAAGAAACUUUGUCGAAGGGAUUAGUCUACAGCCAGUAAAGACAACCUUAAAGGAACCUCUGACAGAAAUGUUGAACGAGGAAUCCCACAAAGCAACAGAGAAACUUAACAGCGAGUCAGUCAACCCAGUUACGAGAAUAUCUACACCUGUUCCCAAGGGAUUGGAAUCAUCCAAGAACACUGUGUUUGAUAUUUCAAGCUUUCUACUUAAGAAAGAACUCAUGAUCAAUAAGCUGGUCAAUUUUGACGAUAAACCUGAGAACUUUGUACCCUGGAAGACCAGUUUUAAGUCAGUUAUUCAGGAGGCAUCAGUUUCGCCCUCAGAAGAACUCGAUCUCCUCAUCAGAUGGUUGGGCCCUAGCUCCAAGGAACACGCUAAAAGCAUCCGAGCAGCAUCAAUAGGAAAUCCUACACAAGGCUGUGAGACCUUAUGGACUAGACUGGAGGAAAGAUACGGCUCACCUGAACUGAUCGAAACAGCAAUUAAGACCAAGCUUGCGAAUUUCCACCGACUCAGUGCGAACGAACCAAGACGGUUGUAUGAACUUUCAGAUAUUUUGAGCGAAACACUGGCGUUAAAGGAAAAUCCAAAAUACAAUCAACAAUUCAGUUAUUUUGACUCAUCAGUAGGAGUGCUUCCCAUUGUUCAGAAGUUAACAUCUGGUUUGCAGAAUAAGUGGACUUCUAAAGCCUCGAAGUACAAACAGACUCAUGGAGUUACUUACCCUCCAUUUACUAUAUUCUGUGAAUUUGUGAAGGAAAUGUCAACCAUGAUGAAUGACCCUGGCUUACAAGUGACUCAGGCUUUUGUCAAAGAGACACCAAGAUACAACCAGCAGAACUUCAAACCUGCAAAAUCAGUGAAUGUCAAGAAGACUGAUUUUAAAGACUCAGGAACAGACUUUAAGACCACAGGGAAGAGAUGCCCUAUCCACGAUGCUGAGCAUACCUUGAAUGAGUGCAGGGCUUUCAGGAAGAAAUCCGUUCGUGACCGGAAAUUAUUCCUCAGAGAACAUAACUUGUGUUACAGAUGUUGCGGAUCAGACACGCAUACGUUCAAGACCUGCCGCGCAGAUAUAAGAUGCGAGGAAUGUGAAAGUUCACAGCACCCUACAGCUCUCCAUCCACCUGAAAGCCAGAGACAGAAUGGCGGGGAGGGAGCAAACAUCCUCUCUAAGUGCACGGCGGUGUGUGGUGAACAGUUUACUGGACGUUCGUGUGCAAAGGCUGUACUUGUGGACGUAUAUCCGAAAGGAACCCCUUCACAACGUUUACGCAUCUAUGCUCUGAUUGAUGACCAGAGCAACACAACACUCGCAAGAUCAGAACUGUUUGACUUUAUGAAUGUGCCUCACUCACAGACACAUUUCUUUACACUUACCUCAUGUGCGGGCCGCAUACAGACGAGUGGUCGUAGGAUAUCAGGUCUGAUGGUAGCAACGACUGAUGGUUCUGUUGUGAUGGAACUGCCUACCAUUACAGAAUGUAAUGAAAUUCCCAAUGAGAAACAUGAAAUACCGACCCUUGAUGUAGUGAAACAUCACCCACAUCUUCAAGACCUACCUUUAGCUCCUAUGAAUCCACAAGCGGAAAUUCUACUACUCAUAGGACGUGAUCUACUGGAGGCCCAUUAUGUGCUGUCUCAGAGACUUGGACCUAAGAACUCACCCUUUGCGUUGCAGCUGAAACUAGGUUGGGUCGUCAUUGGAGAUGUAUGUAUCAACAAGUCGCAUAAACCAUCGACUAUCAAUGUGCUCAAGACUAACAUAGUUACCUGUGAACGUCAGUCGAUUUUUCAACCCUGUCCUAACAGUUUCCAUCUAAAGGAGGACAUCGCAUCCUGUCGAGACGAUGUUGGGUUCCACAUUUUCGAGCGGAACAGGGAUGAUGACGAAGUUGGGAUCUCUGUCGAAGAUCGCCAAUUCCUCAGGAUUAUGGACAAUGAGUUUGUGAAAGAUGAAGACGGGAGAUGGAAAGCUCCACUCCCUUUUAAGCUUUGUAGACCGCAGUUAGGGAACAACAGAAGUCAAGCGUUAAAGCGUGCGCUGAUGCUAGACAGGGAUUUGAAGCGGAACCCUAUAAAGAGGGAGCACAUGAUCACGUUUAUGAAAUCAAUCACAGAAAGCGACGCUUUAGAGAUUGCACCACCUGUUCCUCCAGGAAAAGAGUGCUGGUUUUUACCUCUUUUUGGAGUGUAUCAUCCACGAAAACCAGACAAAAUACGUGGAGUUUUUGACUCAUCAGUGAGUUAUGAAGGUCUCUCUCUCAAUAGUGUCUUACUGUCAGGACCUAAUCUAACGAAUGACUUGCUUGGUAUACUGUUACGUUUCCGUAUGGACAAAGUAGCCAUCAUGGCGGACAUCCAGCAGAUGUUUUACUCAUUCCUUGUUAGUGAAGAGGACAGAGACUUUUUGAGGUUCUUCUGGUACAAGAAUAACGACUCGGAUGAAGAACUUAUUGAGUACCGAAUGAAGGUUCACGUGUUUGGGAACACACCUUCACCGGCAGUGGCCACUUAUGGUCUACGGAAAACAGUAGAGAACGAAGAUAGUGAUGUAAGGAAUUACGUGAUGAAGAACUUUUAUGUGGAUGAUGGUCUUAUCUCCUUGCCCUCUAGUGCAGAAGCCAUUAGAUUGCUAAAGAAGACUCAGGUUGCGUUGAACAAUGCAAGAAUCAGACUCCAUAAGAUUGUGUCAAACGAUGUGGAAGUCAUGGAAGCUUUUCCAUCUGAGGACUUGGAAAAGAACUUAAUGUCACUGGACAUUGGAUCUGAUGAUUUGCCUGUCCAGCACCCAUAG